AUGAUGGCUGUCGCUGCUGCCCAGAAGAACCGUGAAAUGUUCGCGAUCAAGAAAUCUUACAGCAUUGAGAACGGAUACCCAUCCCGGCGCCGUUCUCUGGUCGACGAUGCCCGCUUUGAGACGAUUGUGGUCAAGCAAACCAAACAAACCGUUCUGGACGAGGCCCGCGCAAAGGCCAACGAAGACAAAAUUCCGCAAGAGGUUCAACAGACAGUCGAGGAUCAGGAUAAUGACGAAGAGGAGAUUCGAAUGGUCGCAGUUGAUGAGCUACCCCAGAAGCCGCAGGAAUACGUUCCAAGUGCCGACGACGAGGACAAGGAAAAAGACGCUGGGCUAACUGAGGAGGAGGUUGUACUGCAGAACGCUGCCUCGGAGUCGCCCGAAGCCGAGAAGGAGGUGGUCCGUGCCGCCGUGGUCGUCCGACUGCGGGACGGUAUGGGAUCGCUCGGACGCAUCCUCAAGGCGGUGGAGGCGUACCACGGCACCGUGGUACAUCUGGAGUCGCGCCAGUCGCGCAGCGAGGGCGUCCAGUUUGACGUCCUGGUCAAGGUCGAUAUGGCCCGCUCCAAUCUGCUACAGCUGAUCCGUUCCCUGCGCCAGACGCAGUCCUUCGGUAGCGUUAGCUUGCUGUCGGAGAACAACGUCAACGUGAAGGCACCCUGGUUCCCCAAGCACGCCUCAGAGCUGGACAACUGCAACCAUCUGAUGACCAAGUACGAGCCGGAUCUUGACAUGAACCAUCCCGGUUUCGCAGAUCAGGUGUACCGUGCUCGUCGCAAGGAAAUUGCCGAAAUUGCAUUCGCUUACCGAUAUGGAGACCCAAUCCCGCACAUCGAUUACACUGAAACGGAGAACAAGACCUGGUCGGCCGUGUUCGCGCGCGUGAAGGAGCUGAUGGUGAAGCAUGCCUGCUCCGAGUACAUUGCCGUCUUCAAGAAGCUCGAGGACGAGAAAAUCUUCGUGAAGGAGCGCAUUCCGCAGCUCCAGGAAAUGAGCGAUUUCCUGCGCAGGAACACCGGAUUCACGCUCCGACCGGCCGCUGGUCUGCUGACGGCUCGCGAUUUCCUCGCUUCGCUGGCGUUCCGUAUCUUCCAGAGCACGCAAUACGUGCGACACAUCAACUCACCCUACCACACACCGGAACCCGAUUGCAUCCACGAGCUGCUCGGUCACAUGCCGCUGCUCGCCGAUCCAAGCUUCGCCCAGUUCUCGCAAGAAAUCGGAUUAGCCUCGCUCGGUGCCUCGGAUGAGGAAAUUGAAAAGCUCUCGACGGUGUACUGGUUCACGGUUGAGUUCGGUCUGUGCAAGGAAAAGGACGAGGUCAAGGCUUACGGUGCCGGUCUGCUGUCCGCUUACGGUGAGCUGCUGCACGCCAUCAGCGACAAGCCGGAGCACCGUGCGUUCGAGCCCGCCUCGACCGCGGUGCAGCCGUACCAGGACCAGGAGUACCAACCGAUCUACUACGUCGCCGAGAGCUUCGAGGACGCGAAGGAGAAGUUCCGCCGCUGGGUCUCGACCAUGUCGCGACCGUUCGAGGUACGCUUCAACCCGCACACCGAGCGCGUGGAGGUGCUCGAUUCGGUGGACAAGCUGGAAACGCUCGUCUCGCAGCUGAACACCGAGGUGCUGCACCUUACAAAUGCCAUCGCCAAGCUGAAGCAGCCAUUCUGCUAA